UAUUACAAAGAAACAGACCAGCCCCACCCCUCUGGAAACGGUCUCUAACAUCCUCGGCCUCUUCGCUGUCUCUCGUAUAACUGCAGUCAAGAGUGAAGUGUUGCCAUAGAGCAGAGCUUUGGCCAUAGAGAAUGUUUUCAUUGUCACAUGACAAGAAUCCUUGCAAGCUAAGAUUCAUGAGGCGUGUCUGCUGUUGGAAAGAGCCAGAGAAUGCUGUGUGUUCACUGCAGGAAUUGUUCCGACGACGCAAGUCCAGUAUUGUCCUACUAGCACUGGCACUCACGGGAAUAGUACUCCUCCUCUAUCACACACACAGCAAGGUUGUUGUUGAGGCCGAGGCCGAGGAGCAACGGGAAUACUUAGCGAUUAUAAAUCAACUGAAUCGUAAUCAACAAAAAUCACUGAAAAUGCGACUGCUGGAAAAAUCAAUUAAAAAACCGGAAAUUGUAGUUGUACAAGAUCGCACACCCCAAGAAACAGUUAGUGCUCCUGCUCCAUCAGUAGCGGCACAAAACAGUCGUUAUGUACACUCGUCCAUGAAGCUGGGCCUUGCUCUCAAAACACAGCAUACUUCAAACCAGACCGCCAUUGUUGAAGCUAUCAAACAUGCCUGGAGUGCAUACACGAAGUAUGCUUGGGGUGCUGAUGAAGUGAAACCGGUGUCUAUGACAAGUUUUACUCCAUCCUAUGGCCUUGGUAUGACCUUGAUUGAUUGUCUUGACACUUUAUGGCUAGUUGGAUUACAAGAUGAGUUCGAUGAAGCGAGGGAAUGGGUAGCCAAUAGUUUGGAUAUCGAGGGAAACACCAAACGUGUUAGUCUGUUUGAGACCAAUAUUCGUGUGCUGGGUGGACUAUUAGGUGCCUACCAUCUCUCACUGGACAAUCUAUUCCUGGAUAAAGCUGUUGAGCUGGCCAGACACCUUCUUCCUGCCUUUGAUACCCCGUCUGGUGUGCCAUCCCCUAUUGUCAACCUGAAGUAUGGCCUCAAAACAAGUUCUGGUCAACGAGGAAUCAGACCACUCUCUGUGGCCGAGGCUGGGACAUUACAGCUAGAGUUUAGGGACGUGAGCAAAGCUUCAGGCGACUCAUCAUUCCAGACUGCUUGUGACAAGGACAUGAACGUGUUAUUGGAGCAAGGCCGUGGGUCUAUGAUGCCCUCGAUGAUCAAUCCCUCCUCAGGAAGACUCCAUGCCACUGGCUUCUCUGUAGGGGCUGGCAUCGACUCUUAUUAUGAGUAUCUUUUGAAACAAUGGAUACAAAGUGGAAAAACUGAGAGCAAGUUUGUUACUGCCUACACCUCAUCAGUCAAGGACAUUGCCUCUCACCUCGUAGGUCACAGCCUUCCCUCUAACCUUGCGUUCAUUGGUAGAGCCAAUACCAGAGGCACGUUCCCCUCUGGUUGGAUGGACCACCUCUCUUGUUUCUAUCCCGGGAUGUUAGCUCUAGGCCUAAUGAAUGGGCUACACCCAGAGCAACGACCUCUGGCCAGUGACCUCACUCAGACCUGCUACACAGCAUACUCCAAGACUCCCAGUGGACUGGCCCCAGAGAUAUUCCACUUCAAUAUGCAAGAGGGUGGCGAUGAUUUUGUCAUGAGAGGAGUGCAAUCAACAGACUUAUCGAAUAUACUACGCCCGGAGACAGUUGAGAGUUUGUUUUACCAGUACCGCCUCACGAAAGACUCUCGCUAUCGAGACUGGGGCUGGAAGAUCUUUCAAGCCUUUGAGAAGCACACGAGGAUAGAGACCGGCGGCUACAGUGGUGUCUUUAGCGUAUUAAACACAAACAAAAAACAGGACAAAAUGGAGAGCUUUUUUAUUAGUGAAACUCUCAAGUAUUUAUUUUUGUUAUUCUCUGAUGAUCCUGAUGUAUUGAAAUUAGACGAAUGGGUUCUCAACACUGAGGCACAUCCAUUCCCUGUUUGGAAAUUAUAGAUAUUCUGAUUUUAUUCACUCGCACAACAUCUGUUAUACAUUCUUCUUUCACGAGAUUUGUAUAUAUAAAAACAACAAUUUGUCGUUAUAAUAUUUGAA